UCAUGCGCACAAGAGAGCAUGCAGCUGUUCUUCUCAGUAUCGUGGGAUUUCCAGCACACACGCACGCAUAUCCAGCUUCACGGAGGUUUUAAGGGUGUUUUGCUCGGUUUAUGAACUUAUUACAAUAACCUCACGCGCGCAGCUGCUCAUUAUGGCUGCAAACAGCGAGCUCUCAGAAGGAGAGCUCAAGAGAGAGGAGGAAUCUGAUGAUCUGUUUGAGUUUGGAGAUGAUCUGGAGCUCAACCAGUUUGAUGGACUGCCACAUUCCUCCAGAUACUACAGACUCCUGCAGGAGAGGAAAACUCUGCCUGUUUGGAGAUACAGACAUGAAUUCAUGACUUUGCUGGAAAACCAUCCGAUUCUUAUAGUCUCAGGCACAGCAAAGACUGGCAAAAGCACACAGAUCCCUCAGUGGUGUGCAGAGUUCUGUCUGUCUGCGCAGUACCAGCACGGUGUGGUGGUGUGCAGUCAGAUCCAGAGACGGCAGGCUGUCGAUUUGGCCCUCCGUGUUGCAGACGAGAUGGACGUAAACAUCGGCCACGAGAUUGGAUACAGCAUCCCGCUGGAGACGUGCUGCUCCAAUGAUACUAUUCUCAGGUACUGCACUGAUGACGUCCUGCUGCGGGAGAUGAUGUCAGACCCCAUGCUGGAGCAUUAUGGGGUGGUGGUGAUAGACCAGGCCCACGAGAGGACCGUGAGCACAGAUGUUCUGCUGAGUCUGCUGAGAGAGGUGCUUCUCCAGCGGCCCGAGCUCAGGGUGGUGGUGCUGUCCGCCCCGCCUGCUUCUGACACGCUCCUCAUACACUACGGGAACGUCUCACGCCUGCACCUGGACGCCCCGUGCGCUGGGGAAGUGAUCCACAGCAACAGCAGCAGCGCUGAAAGCUUCUAUUCGGCUCUGAGACUCGCGCUGGAGGUCCAUCGGUCCAGAGAGCCAGGAGACGUAGCUGUGUUUCUAGCUUCAGAGCAGGAGGUGCUCUGUGCCUGUAAUAUUCUCACUAAAGAAGCGUCCAGGAUGAGUGCAUCUCUGGGAGAGCUGCUCGCGGUCCCCCUGUGUCCUGGAUACUCCAGAAUGUGUCCACCAAUCGCAGAAAGUCCACAGACGAGUAGGCGGGUCUUCGUUUCCUGUAGCCAAUCAGAGGAUCUGUUCUGGUCGGUGGACACCGUUACUUUUGUCAUCGAUACUGGAGUAGAAAAGAGAUUACUUCCAGAUCCCGAGGGCCUCAUGCAGGCGUUGGAGGAGCUCGAUUAUCUCGCUGCUUUGGACAAUGAUGGAAACCUGUCUGAGAUGGGCAUCAUCAUGUCAGAGCUUCCUCUGGAUCCGCAGAUGGCGAAGGCUCUGUUAGCGUCCUGCGAGUUUGACUGUGCUAGCGAGAUGCUAACCAUCGCUGCAAUGCUAACAGCACCAAGCUGCUUCAUCGAGCCUCCCGUCGGCAUGGCAACAGAAGUCAUGCGCUGUCAUAUGAAGUUCCAGCAUCCCGAGGGCGACCACUUCACCCUCAUCAACAUCUACAACACCUUCAAACGCAGCCAGAAGGAACCAUAUUUCAGUCAGGAGCAGUGGUGUGAGGAGUACUUCCUGAGCUGCGCUGCCCUGCAGACGGCAGACGCCAUCAGAGCUCAACUCACAGACAUCCUCAAACGCAUCGAGCUUCCCAUUUCAGAAGCAGCCUUCGGCACCAAAACCAACGCACUCAACCUCAAGAGAGCGCUGCUCGCGGGCUACUUCAUGCAGAUCGCCAGAGAUGUGGACGGUUCGGGGAAUUACUUCAUGCUGCUGAACAAACACGUGGCUCAGGUUCACCGUCUGUCAGGUUACGGAGCAAAAGCUCAUAAACUGGGUCUGCCGGAGUGGGUUCUGUUCCACGAGUACAACCUCUCCGACAACAACUGCAUCCGCACCGUCACACAGAUCUCACCGCAGGCGUUUCUUCAAAUGGCACCGCAGUAUUUUUUCUGUAAUCUGCCACCUAGUGAAAGUAAAGAGAUCCUGCAGCACAUUCUGGACAGCGACGGGACGGGGAAUGCAAGAACAAAACCUCAAGCGGCCGCGCCAGAAACAAAGACAGAGACGGCAGAAGCCGAAUCACAUGACCGAUGCGUCAUACAGUGACCUCAUCGAAUCAU